AUGCUUGGUGAUAUCGAUAAAGGGCAGCUCAUCCAGUUGCCCCUCUUCUCGAAGGAUGCGGACAGAUGGAGAAAGUGGGCUGUGGACGAAACCAAGAGAUGGAAGGAGAUCCAUCAAAGUCGUAUGGCUCCCACUUCUGGGCAAUACGUGCAGGAACGAACUUCUGAGACCAAACCCGAUUCUCAAUACGGCUGCAAGUUGAGAGUCGAAGACGAAUACUUCUUAGACUCGGUUCCAGACCUCUCCGAUUCUCCAGGGUCAACUCCUGGAUCAGGAGGAAUUCAGGAUCCGCCUGCGCCGCCUACGCCAGGCACCCCAACACCAACUGGCCGUGGACUAGGAAUGGAUGAGUAUAUGCGGAAGCAAAGAGAUGCAUUAGGGAUUUCUGAGGAGGAGGAGGAGGAGGAGGAGGAGGAUUACGCCACUGCAAAGCCUAUUGCCCGGCCUGUGUUCACUGAUCGCCCGCAACGCCAGUCUGACAAAGGACAACGAUCAGAUUGCGCCGAAGAUCCAGCUUUCCAUGCCCCCUUGACUGAAGCGUGCAGCAAGAAUGACGCAGACCGAAGUACCCAGUCCAGUCUCGGGAGAAAGGGUUAUAUGCAUGGCAUUUCCGAUGCUGACAUCAAUGAAGAGAGGUGGUCAUUCGUGGAGACAGUGGUGGCUGGAGUCCAAGAUAGCAAAGCUCCUCAGCCACACGUUUUCGGCACUUUAUACCUCCUGAGUCUGGAAUCCGCAGAGGGUCUCUACAGAGUAUGCUACAGGACGGGUAACAGAAAAUUCUCGCCAGGGAAAGAAUGCUGUGACAGAGCUACGCGAUUUUACAACAUUCCCAAUUGUGUUAGCGUUAAACAAGAGCUUCUUGCGAAGUUUAAAGUGCUGCCUCCCGAUCUAGAAUGCCGAUGGUGCGGCGGACAACAUAAAGAUUGGAUUAAAAUCCCCGAGAGGGAAGUUACGACCAGUACUGAGGCCCCCAAAGACCCUGUGGACAGAGGACGCCUGAAUGUGCCCGGUCAUGCCUGCGAGCUUUCGAACAGGGUUGACGAGAAGAGUGGAAUAAAUGAUGUGGCAGAGACGCAGAAGAUCAAGGCAGCUGUCGAUGAUCUGCCUAUCAAGAUCCCACCGGCACAGGAGCCAGUUGUUGAUUAUCAAUCGCAUAGUAUCCCCGGCGCCAAGGCUAACAACAUUAUCGGGAGAUUGGCUGAAAUGAUAGGAAAACCUACAGUCUCGACAGAGCUGCAAGCGCCCCCAUUGCUGGAUUGGGCCAUUGCCGCUGCGCGCAUUUUGAGUAUACCCUUAUAGUAUUCCCGUUCAGCCCGGUUUGCUUAUUGUUUCAGCCUAUUGUUGCUUCGUUUUUCCUUUUUUUCUCUUAUAUGUUUCCCUUUAGGUCAUGGGUGAAUGUCCGCUAGCAUUAUAACUAAAU